AGGUAGACACCACCAAGCUGGGCAGGUAUAUAAAUAUAUCUUUUUGAAAAUACAAGAUUUCCCUACACCAGGAGUCAGCAUAGCAGGCCCUACCAAGAUGUUUAAGCUAUACGGACCUCCUUUGUUCUUCCUCUUUGUUCUUCACAUGAUUGUUUGCCAAGAUCUAAGUGGGCCUUUACAGGACAGUACUUUUUCUGUUCAAGAAGGAAACAAACCAGGAGUGCAAUAUUUAUAUCGGUUUACGUUUGAGCCACCUGUCGCCAGCUUGAGACUGACGGGUGAAAAAGAAGGCAUCAUGGACAUUUUACCAAAAGAUGGGAUUCUGUAUCUAAAUGGGUCUGUAGACUGGGAAAAGAAAAAGGUUUACAAGUUACAGGUGGAAGGUUUGGAUGCAAACAGAGUGAUAGUGAAAGGCCCAUAUUCCAUCACUGUAAAUGUUGAAGACGUCAAUGACAACCCACCCCAAUUUGAUCAGGAAAAAUACUAUGGAGUAGUGAGACAAAAUUCCCGUGCAGGAAAGCCCUUCAUGUAUGUUACUGCUCAUGAUCGCGAUGACCCCAACACUCCACAUGGACAGCUGAUCUACAGCAUUUUUCACCAUUUCCCCAGCCCGUACCCUGAGAUGCUUUUUCAAAUUGACAAUGUCACUGGAGCAAUAUCUACAAGCCUUACCGGGGCUAGUAAGUUAAAUCCCCAGGAUGUGAACACGUUUCUCCUCGACAUUUCGGUACAGGAUAUGGCAGGACAGUCAGCAAAUUUUUUCAGGACUAAUGUUGAUGUAAAUGUCACUGUGCUGGAAAAUCUUUGGAAAGCACCUCCCCCUCUCAAGAUCACAGAGAAUUCUACUGAGCCACACCCCAUCAUCAUUGCCCAGGUUCAGUGGAAUGAGCCAGGUGCAAUAUACGAAAUCGUAAAAAAGGAGAAACCCCCUAAUAAACUCCCGUUUACAGUUAAUCAAGAUGGGAACAUUUAUGUGACUGAACCACUGGACAGAGAAGAAAGAGAAAUAUAUUCAUUCUUUGUAGCGGCAAAGGAUGAAGAAGGAGGGUGGCUAGCCCAUCCAGUGGCGGUUAGUGUCACAGUGCAAGACAUUAACGAUAAUCCCCCUGUGUGUGACAAAGCUCUGGCUACAUUUGAAGUUCAGGAGAACGAACGUGUAGGGAAUGAUAUAGGAAUUCUGAAGGCUUCUGACCGAGAUGAACAAGGCACACUUAACUCUCGCUUGAAGUACCGCAUUGUAGAGCAGAGCCCACAAGUCCCUUUAGGGAACAUGUUCCGCAUCGAAUUUGAAACAGGGAAGUUGCAGUUAUUUCGCUCUGCAUUAAAUAGACAGGUAGCUUCUAACUACUCUGUGAAGGUGGAAGUGGCGGAUCCAGCAUUCAAAACACUGUGCAAUGUGGAAAUAAAUGUCAUAGAUAUCAAUGAUCAGAUCCCUGUGUUUGAAAAAUCAGAUUACGGUUCUUUUACUUUGCCAGAAGACAGACCAGUUGGAACUAUAUUAUUGGAAAUUCAAGCUACAGAUGCUGAUGAGCCAUUCACUGGAAGCUCUCAAAUCAUAUACACAAUCACAAAAGGAGAUCCAAACAAUACUUUUUUAAUAGAGACAGAUCUCAAAACAAACAAAGGAUAUGUUAAAAUUAAUAAGGUUCUUGAUUUUGAAACUUCACCGGUAUAUAACCUUACAAUCAGUGCCACGAACCCUGAACCUUUGGUGCCUGGGGUACAGUAUAAUUCAAGCUCUAUUGCCUACUGGAGAGUUAGUGUCUCAGAUGUGAAAGAAGCACCAGUUUUCCGCCAACUCGUCUACAUAGCUAGUAUACUUGAAAAUGCUCCUGUAGGUACUGAGGUGGUAAUCCCAUCAGCCUUCGAUCCUGAAGGAGACCGAAUAAGGUAUUCACUGAAAAAUGACCACAGGAAAUGGCUGAUGAUUCGCCCUGAAGAUGGUACUGUAUAUGUAGCUGCUCCAAUGGAUCGGGAAACUGAACGUACCUACAUUGUGCAAAUAGUUGCAACUGAAGAAACUAAUGAAGCUCGGAGCUCCUCAGCACAAGUAAUCAUACACCUUAAGGAUGUGAAUGAUAACCCUCCGGCACUGCCAAAAGACUAUUCCUUGUUCUUCUGCCACCCACUCCAAGGAAAUGAGGAGGGAAAGCAGAUUCAAGUCAUUGACCCCGAUGAACAUUCACAUUAUCAAAGGUUCAUUUAUACCCUCAUGGGUGGGAGUGCAAUGAAACAUGACUGGAAUCUUACAAAAAUGGAAGGAAAACAUGCUUACAUCUCCCCGAAGAACAGGAAUCUUGAAGCAAAAAUCUAUGAGAUACCAAUACAAAUUAAUGACAAUGGAAAGCCACCAAGGACUGGAGAUGUCAUUCUGAAAGUAAAACUGUGCAUAUGUGGUGAUGACGGAGAGUGCUUCCGAGAUGUCGAUCGAGACAAUACAUUUCCGACUGUAGCAACAGCAGUUGGCAUCCUGGUUGGUGUACUGGUAGUUAUUGGUAUCAUUUUAGGAGCUGUAUUUUUUCACCUGAAACACAAGAAGCAGAAGGAGCAAAAAGCCAACCCAGUAACUGCCCUGAACCCAUCAGAAUUAAGAAACUUGACGUAAUUGUUUCACCAAAGGAACAGUUAACGUGUCUUUUGUUUAUUGGUAUCAUUGCCCUUGCAGAAACAUCUGCAUCCAAUAAUGUGGGCGCAUCUUUUCCCUCUUCCCCCUCCCUUCUCUUUUAAGCACAGAAGUAAACCCAUCCUGAGGGCACAGGGAAGACAGCACCCGAGACAUUUCUGUGCCAAAGGCGUAAGAUUCAAAUUACACUCCCCAUGGCUGUAAACAGAGAAUCAUACCUUUCAAUGGUCCCCCAAGAUCUUCUUGCUUCCUCUGUCCAAUAAUAGGACCAGCCUGCAGAGCCUACAGCAACAUUCCUGAAAUGCUGCAAAGAUUUAUCACUUUUCCUUAAGUCCCAUUAGGGAUGAUCUUAUCAGUUUAACACAAACUCAGCAAUGAACAGGCUUAUCUGGAACUCCCACCGAUGCUAUACGGAUAGUGAUGAAUGUGGGUGAAAUGGUUUACUACAAAAAGGGUGCUCUGUAAAUACCUAUUUCUACCUACUAGAAAUUACAAAUAUAAGCAUACUUCAUAACCCUUUACACAAGGGUUAAGAAAGGAGGGAAGGAAAUCAUCUAAUCAGCUGUGAAUAGAAGAAACUCAUCAAAUGCAUCUUCCUCCUCCUGACCAGCUGCACCCUCAAAAAGCUGCUCCUGAGCAUCAAGGGACACUUUGGGAAAGAGUGGGCUGUAGCCAGAGGGGAUCAGAGCAGAAACCAUCUGCCUCCUUUCUUGUGUAAGCUCUAGUGUGAACAGAAGUCAUGCAAAUAAGGUGGUAAUUUCUGCUGAUACCCCUUGGUGCUGCAGCGUCUCUCUGUUGCCUCCAUCUCUAUUCCAAGUGUCUCCAGAUCACCAGGAACAGUUUUGGGGAGAUAUGGGAGGUUCGGGGGGGGGGUGGAAAUCUGUUUUGUGAACUUGUUCUUUUUAUGGUUCAUGGGAUCCUACUCCCCUUUGCCCCAAUAUACAGUCCAUGGGAAAGUGGUCAAUUGUGCUGCCUAAGGAAAACAACAGAUUUUAUUUAUUUUACUUUACUUAUACUACGCCUUUUUCCCCAAUGGGGACCCAAAGCAGCUUACAUGGUUCUCUUCUCCUCCAUUUGAUCCUCACAACAACCUUGUGGGGUAGGUUAGGCUGAAAUCAUGUGACUGGCCCAAGGUCACCCAGCAAAGUUCCAUCAUAGAUUAGAGAGAUGAAACUGAGUUCUCCUAUUCAUUAUUAUAAAAACUGGUUUCCUUUACCCCACUGUUACUUUUAUAAAAUAAAAUUGUGUACUGAGUUAUUAAGCACAUUUAUAUCACUUUUCCGUGCAAAUGAAUGCAGGAUGAUGUUAAAAGGAAUAACAGUGAAUGACUAUUGGGAUGCACUGAUUUUUGAAGGACCAAUGGAAGGCAUGGAAGCGAGGGAGGGCUGAGGGCUCAAUCCCACACACAUUUUAGAGCCAAGCUA